AUGACUGCGAUGACCUGUAAGUUAAGUGGCCUGUUCAGCAUUGGCGAGGACUUUGAUGAUGAGGACCUGCUCGGGACAGAUUGGCCUGUCCGCUCGGCGUCUGGACCAGCCGAUGUGGCAGCUGCUGUGUCAUCCUGCACGCUGCGUGCCUCCUCUGUUGCUCACAGAGAUCCGGUGAAAAAUCGCCUUCAGCAAACUGCAGAGAGAUCAGCUGCCCUGUGUAAUGGCACAGCAUCAAGAAGCAGCACGCACACUGCUGCUGGACAAACUGUUGCUCUGGGUUUAAGACAGCUCUCCUCCUCCUCCUCUUCUUCCUCGUCUUCCACCCCUCAGCCUCACCCCCCCUGUCCUCCCACACUGAAAAAUACUCAGCCUAACUUUGCACCACCACAGAGUCAUGCUAAUACUGGGGGGUUGCUUAAGCCCUGUGUGGCUCAGGAUGAUUUUGAUGAUUGGGAUGUUGACCUGGCAGACCUGGAUGAGUGUGAUGGCCAGAUGGGGCAGCCGCUUCCUGCUCCACCUGCGCCCACAGUUGAGCCUCCAUCUUCAUCCAAAAUGCUUCGACCUGCAACCUGUGGAGGGAUUCAAACACUACCUGAACGGACUCUGGCUGCACACCAACCGUAUGGCUCAUCUAGUCAUAGCCUACCUCCUAGGACCCUCUCCACUGCUCAUGUGCGAUCUCCAGCUCCCCGUACUUCUUUCAUAUCAGCCUCCCCACACAUUCCUAGUGUUUUCCCUGGUCUCACUGCAACUUCUCCUGCCCCCAGCCCAAUUUCCAGGACACUCAUCAGGCCACAGAGACAGUGGGCAACUCCAGGACCCUCCCCUCGGGCCGGUGGCCUCUUUGAGACAGUCUCCCCAGCACCUUCCUCCUCCUCUGUGAGCUCCCCCACUCUGAGCCCUCAUCCUCUUCACACACCGGUCCUCACUAACCGCCUGGUCCAGCUGGUAUCAGCCUCCAAUAAGCCUCCUAAGAAGAGGCCUCGCUCUGAGCCUCACCGGCGCAGGCCCCGGCGGUUCCCCGGCCCCGCUGGACUCCUGCCACAGCAGCCGCAGGGUCAGAGCCUGGACGACAUAGUGGUAUCUGUUCCUCAUACUCCUGCCCAUGGUGCUGUGGCUCGGUUGCCAAGCCAGGCUUCUAGCUCACAAACUGAGGAAGAGGAGUUCAGUGGUGGUGCCUGGGCGGCGAUGAAGGCAGAGAUGGGACUUGAUGAGAGGAACCCGUCGUGCUUCCUGCACUCAUACAGUGUGGUCAUGGUGCUUCGAAAGGCUGCACUGAAACAGCUGGCAAAAAACAAAGUGCCCAACAUGGCUGUGCUUCUGAAGAGCAUCAUCCACACGCAUGCUGAUGCCAAGGCUGUGUUUAAAGACCCAACAGGGGAGAUUCAGGGGACUGUACAUCGGCAGCUCCUGGAGGACAGAGUGGAGGAGCUGAAGGUUGGAACCGUACUGCUGCUCAAACAAGUUGGUGUGUUUUCCCCCUCCCAUCGUAACCAUUACCUGAACGUGACACCCAACAACCUGCUGAGGAUCUACGCCCCUGAUGGAGUCAGUCUGUCCUCCACUCAGCUCCCCCCGCUGGUCCUGGAGCGGAUGUUGCCAUCAUCUACUCGGUCUCCCACGGUCCUCCGGGAGCCGGUAUCUCGGAUGCAUCUGGUGUUUGACGAGGAGGAUGACGAGGGAGAAAAGGGUGAAAAAUGCACAGAGGGAGACGGAGAACCUCGAGCUCCAACUGGCACUGGAGUGAGCUCCAGCAGAGGCCCCCAAGAGCCUGCUGGGUAUCCAGCAGCACAGGACACAGGCUGGGAUGCAGAUGAUGACUUGGAUGAACUCCUGGGAGAGUUACCUGAGGACACCUACAGCCUUUGAUGUAACUUUACAUCAGGAAACAUACAGACUGUCUCCACUGACUUGAGUUAUUUCUUGGCUGACUAACAGCCAACAGUUCAUCCUGGGAAGAUGUUUUCCUAGUACGUCAACUGUGUUCAAUACCCGUUUCAUAAAUACCACAGAGUAUAGUCUUGAGUUAAUUUGUUGUUGCUGUCUCAUCGCUGUGCAUCAUUGAUGAUUGAUCUGUUAUAAGGAGCAGUCACUCAAAGCCAACACAUGCUCAUUAUUUAAUUACAAAGCUGCAGAAAUCAUCCCUGUUUCAUUUCAGCUCCACAAUUUAUAUUCUCAUAAAGAUAAUUCUGGUAAUUAGUCUGAGAUUGGGUGUGUAUUGUCCAUUGUUGCCCUUGCUUCACUGACCUUGAAAUAGAAGACUAAUCUACACAGCAUUGAUUUGCAAAUUAUGCUAAAUGAAAAGUGAGGUGAGGCUUCUUUGUCUGUUUCAUUUUCCUGUUAGUUUUUGUCCUUGCCCUCUCUUCUCAUUGGUGUCUGUUUAUCUGAGUGUCAGAGUGGAGUGGAUAAACUGUGACCCAGCUUGUUACUGUGCAUUAAGAGGUGUAAUAGAGGUUUUUGGGCAGGGAUUGCAGGGAGGCAGUCUUAGAGUCCCAUGUGGUUUGCUUGACCAAAAAGUAUUUACCCAGCCCUGCUUGAAUCAGGGUAGAGUUGUACCGUGACU